AUGAAGUGUGCAGAGAUGGGCAUUGACAUUGUGCGUGUGACGGUUCAGGGCAUGACGGAAGCGAAAGCUUGCGAACAUAUCAAGAAGAAGCUCCUUGAGAAAGGUUGCAAGACGCCCAUCGUGGCUGACAUCCACUUCACGCCAAAGGUGGCCUUGGUUUGCGCCGAUUUCGUGGACAAGGUGCGGGUCAAUCCUGGCAAUUUUGCCGAUGGCCGCAAGUCCUUUGACACCAUUUCCGAGUUGACUGAGGAGGAUGUGAAGGAAGCCCAAGAAGCCAUUGAAGAAGCUUUGACUCCACUCGUGUUGAAGCUCAAGGAGCAAGGCAAAGCAAUGCGCAUUGGUGUGAAUCAUGGCUCCCUGGCUGAGCGUAUCCUUUUCCAGUAUGGCGAUUCGCCGGAAGGCAUGGUGGCUUCAGCCAUCGAGUUCGGCGAGAUCUGCCGGAAGCACGACUACCAUGAUUUCAUUUUCAGCAUGAAGUCUUCGAACCCACAGGUCAUGGUGAACGCGUACAGGCAGCUGGCAAGGGAGAUGUACAAGCUGGGCUGGGACUAUCCCUUGCACUUGGGUGUCACAGAAGCCGGAGGUGGUGCUGACGGACGCAUUAAGUCGGCCGUUGGCAUCGGAGCGUUGCUGUUGGAUGGCCUGGGCGACACCAUCCGCGUGUCCCUCACAGAGGAUCCUGAGUUUGAGGCCAAGCCAUGCAUCGCUCUCCGAGGAUGGGUGUCCUGCAGAAUUUCCCUUAAACCAAUUCAUGGAUUGGUUGUUUCGAAAGAGCUCUUUUCUUUUUGGUCAACGAGGUGCAGCUGGCCAAUCGAUGUGCCCUUGAACCACGACGGCUCUGUGUUCGCGCGCAUGUCUGUGAAAGAGUUGGCGGACCUGGACAUCCAAAAGCUCUGCGAUCGCUUGGGCUUGAGACUCCGAGCUGACGGUGACGUUCAGAUGGAGUGGAAAAGCGUUGAUGCAGUGGUGCUCGACGGAAUGGUCACACCCAACGUUGGUGUCAAGCUGAAGACCCUCUUGGACGUGCCCACAGGUGUGAUUUGCAAAGCUGGACCCAAUGUCCCUGAAGGUGUGCGGAGCUCAAGGUGUGGUGGAGUGUUUCUGUGUGUGUGUGUGGGGGACGAGCGAUUGGGUGGCUAUGCCAUCGUUUUUGAUGGUGAAGAGUCCGAGGACGGCCGCUGCGGCGCCACCAACCUAGUUGGCUAG